AUGAAGAAUAUAGGCUGCUUACGAUACCUCUUGCACACGAGGCCGGAUCUUUCUUUCAGCGUUGGGGUGCUUAGUCGGUACAUGCAAAAUCCAAGAGAUUCACACGGAGUAGGUAUGAAGCAAGUGUUACGGUACCUGCAAGGAAGCCUAGCGUAUGGACUGGUGUUUGAAAGCUCUAAGAUGAAGAUUCCGAAACUUGUUGGAUAUAGUGACAGCAGUUACAAUGUUGAUCCAGACGAUGGAAAGAGCACGACCGGUCACAUAUUCUACAUUGACAAUAGCCCCAUCUCGUGGUGUUCACAGAAGCAAGAAGUUGUGGCCUUGUCAAGUUGUGAGGCAGAAUUCAUGGCUGGAACUGAGGCUGCACGACAGGCUAUAUGGCUGCGAGAUUUGUUGAGUGAGAUAACUGGUCAGCAAAGUGAGAAGGUGGUUAUACGGAUCGACAAUCAAUCCGCUAUUGCCUUAACAAAGAAUCCAGUAUUUCAUGGGAGAAGUAAGCAUAUACAUAGGAGGUAUCAUUUUAUUCGAGAAUGCGUUGAGAACGGUCAGAUUGAAGUAGAGUACGUUCACGGGGACAAACAGAAAGCUGAUAUCUUGACGAAGGCCCUAGGAAGAAUCAGAUUCAGGGAAAUGAGAGACUACAUUGGAAUGAAGGAGAACUUCAAGCUUAAAGGGGAGAAUGUUGGAUAA